GGCCCCGCCCACCGCUCUCCGGCCUGGGAGGAAGGGUGUUUCCUCGGUUUCUCUAGGAAGUUUCGGCCUGGUAAAAGUGAAGUAAAGAGUUGUGCAGAGGCCGGGAGAGCGGCAGCAGCCCCCGGAAGGAGCUCGUCACUGGCGGCAGAGGAGCAGCAAGUUACGGCUUCAAAAUGACAACACAAGUGACACUGGAGGACGCUUUGUCGAAUGUAGAUCUGUUGGAAGAGCUGCCUCUACCAGACCAGCAGCCCUGCAUUGAGCCGGCUCCGUCUACUUUGCUGUAUCAGCCAAAUUUUAACACUAAUUUUGAGGACAGAAAUGCCUUUGUCACUGGCAUUGCGAGAUACAUCGAACAGGCUACCGUCCAUUCUAGCAUGAAUGAAAUGCUGGAAGAAGGGCAAGAGUAUGCCAUUAUGCUUUACACAUGGAGAAGCUGCUCCAGAGCUAUACCGCAGGUCAAAUGCAAUGAGCAGCCUAACCGUGUAGAAAUCUAUGAAAAAACUGUGGAAGUUCUGGAACCAGAGGUCACCAAACUAAUGAACUUCAUGUAUUUCCAGAGGAAUGCUACUGAACGCUUCUGUGCUGAAGUUAAGCGUCUUUGCCAUGCGGAGAGAAGAAAAGACUUUGUAUCCGAAGCUUACUUAUUAACUCUUGGCAAAUUCAUCAAUAUGUUUGCAGUCUUGGAUGAGCUCAAAAAUAUGAAAUGCAGUGUAAAAAAUGAUCAUUCAGCAUACAAAAGGGCUGCACAGUUUUUGCGGAAAAUGGCAGAUCCUCAAUCGAUCCAGGAGUCGCAGAACUUGUCGAUGUUUCUGGCCAAUCAUAAUAAGAUAACUCAGUCAUUACAGCAACAGCUGGAAGUCAUUCCCGGCUAUGAAGAACUCCUGGCUGAUAUUGUGAACUUGUGUGUCGACUACUAUGACAACAAAAUGUACUUGACGCCUGGGGAGAAGCACACAUUACUAAAGGUUAUGGGAUUUGGUCUGUAUCUUAUGGAUGGUAAUGUAAGCAACAUCUACAAACUGGAUGCGAAGAAGAGAAUUAAUCUCACCAAAAUAGACAAGUUCUUUAAGCAGCUGCAAGUGGUGCCACUGUUUGGGGACAUGCAAAUAGAACUUGCAAGAUACAUUAAGACCAGCGCACAUUAUGAGGAGAAUAAAUCAAGAUGGACAUGUACGUCGUCCAGCAGCAGUCCCCAGUACAACAUCUGUGAGCAGAUGAUCCAGAUUAGAGAAGACCACAUGCGAUUUAUCUCGGAGCUCGCACGGUACAGCAAUAGUGAGGUGGUAACUGGAUCCGGUCGCCAAGAAGCUCAGAAGACUGAUGCAGAGUAUCGGAAACUUUUUGACUUGUCCUUACAAGGACUUCAGCUGUUAUCACAAUGGAGUGCACAUGUGAUGGAAGUGUACUCGUGGAAGCUUGUGCACCCAACCGAUAAGUAUUCCAACAAAGACUGUCCUGACAAUGCGGAGGAGUAUGAGAGAGCCACACGUUACAACUACACCAGCGAAGAAAAGUUUGCCCUUGUGGAAGUGAUUGCCAUGAUCAAAGGCUUGCAAGUUCUCAUGGGCCGGAUGGAGAGUGUAUUUAAUCAUGCCAUUCGUCAUACUAUAUAUGCAGCACUGCAAGAUUUUGCUCAGAUUACCUUACGAGAACCACUGAGACAGGCGAUUAAGAAAAAGAAAACAGUCAUUCAAAGUGUCCUUCAGGCAGUCAGAAAAACUGUUUGUGACUGGGGUGCAGGAUGUGAACCAUUUAAUGACCCUGCUCUUAGAGGAGAGAAAGAUCCUAAGACUGGGUUUGAUAUCAAAGUUCCCAGGCGUGCAGUAGGACCAUCCAGCACUCAGCUGUACAUGGUGAGAACCAUGCUAGAGUCACUCAUUGCUGAUAAAAGUGGUUUCAAGAAAACGCUAAGAAGUAGCCUAGAGGGUCCCACCAUAUUGGAUAUAGAAAAAUUUCACCGUGAAUCAUUCUUCUACACACAUUUGCUUAAUUUCAGUGAGACCUUACAGCAGUGCUGUGAUCUGUCCCAGCUGUGGUUCAGAGAGUUCUUCUUGGAGCUGACCAUGGGCCGUAGAAUUCAGUUCCCUAUUGAGAUGUCCAUGCCUUGGAUUCUGACAGAUCACAUUCUAGAGACAAAAGAGGCAUCGAUGAUGGAGUAUGUUCUUUACUCUCUGGACCUAUAUAACGACAGUGCACACUAUGCACUCACAAAGUUUAAAAAGCAAUUCCUGUAUGAUGAGAUUGAAGCCGAGGUAAACCUGUGUUUUGACCAGUUUGUGUACAAACUAGCGGACCAAAUAUUUGCCCAUUAUAAAGUUGUGGCUGGAAGUUUACUCUUGGACAAGCGGCUUCGGGCAGAUUGUAAAAAUCAGGGAGCCAGUAUUACGCAACCAGCAUCCAACCGUUAUGACACGUUACUGAAGCAGCGUCAUGUUCAGCUCUUGGGCAGAUCUAUUGAUCUUAACCGGUUGAUCACUCAGAGGAUUACUGCGGCUAUGUAUAAAUCUUUGGAAUUGGCGAUUGGGCGAUUUGAAAGUGAAGAUCUCACGUCCAUAGUGGAGCUAGAAGGCCUUCUUGAGGUGAACAGAAUGACUCAUAAAUUGCUGAGCAAAUACCUGACCCUGGACAGUUUUGACGCCAUGUUUCGAGAAGCCAAUCAUAACGUAUCUGCCCCCUAUGGCAGGAUCACUCUGCAUGUGUUCUGGGAGCUCAACUAUGAUUUCCUCCCCAACUAUUGCUAUAACGGUUCUACCUACAGGUUUGUUCGUACAGUUCUACCCUUUUCUCAGGAAUUUCAGCGUGACAAGCAGCCAAAUGCUCAGCCCCAGUAUCUGUUUGGCUCUAAAAAUUUGAACCUGGCAUACAACAGCAUUUUCAGCUACUACCGGAACUUUGUGGGCCCCCCACACUUUAAAAUGAUUUGCCGACUUCUAGGAUACCAAGGUAUUGCUGUGGUGAUGGAGGAACUGCUGAAAGUUGUAAAGAGCCUGCUGCAAGGUACCAUUCUCCAGUAUGUGAACACACUGAUGGAAGUGAUGCCUAAGAUCUGCAGGUUGCCCAGGCAUGAAUAUGGCUCCCCAGGAAUCUUGGAAUUCUUCCAUCAUCAGUUGAAGGACAUAGUGGAAUAUGCAGAGCUGAAGACCGUGUGCUUUCAAAAUCUGAGGGAAGUGGGCAAUGCCCUCCUUUUCUGCCUUCUUAUAGAACAAAGCCUGUCUCUAGAAGAGGUAUGUGACCUGCUUCAUGCUGCACCUUUCCAGAACAUUCUGCCCAGGGUCCAUGUUAAAGAGGGAGAACGACUAGAAGCAAAGAUGAAGAGGUUAGAAUCGAAAUAUGCUCCACUGCACCUAGUGCCUCUCAUAGAGAGAUUGGGGACUCCUCAGCAAAUUGCCAUAGCAAGAGAAGGAGAUUUGCUGACCAAAGAGCGUCUUUGCUGCGGUUUGUCAAUGUUUCAAGUCAUUCUUGCCAGAGUGCGCACCUUCCUUGAUGAUCCCAUCUGGCGUGGACCCCUACCCAGCAACGGUGUGAUGCAUGUGGAUGAGUGUGUAGAAUUCCAUCGGCUCUGGAGUGCAAUGCAGUUUGUCUACUGCAUCCCAGUAGGCACACAUGAAUUCACUGUAGAGCAGUGCUUUGGUGACGGACUGCACUGGGCUGGCUGCAUGAUCAUUGUUCUCCUGGGACAAGAGAGACGAUUUGAUGUCAUGGACUUCUGCUACCACUUGCUGAAGGUGCAGAAACAUGAUACUAAGGAUGAAAUCAUCAAGAAUGUGCCACUGAAGAAAAUGGUUGAACGUAUUCGCAAGUUCCAGAUCCUCAAUGAUGAGAUAUUCUCCAUUUUGGACAAGUACCUGAAGGCUGGUGAUGGAGAAAAUACAUCAGUAGAACAUGUGCGAUGCUUUCAGCCUCCCAUUCACCAGUCACUGGCCAGCAACUAGGCUUUUCCUAAGUGUAAUAUAUACUUGGCAUUACCACUGUAUAAUGACUCAUUAUUCUACUGUAUUCAAUGGUGGAGAAGGCAGCCUUAAUGAAUGACAACGUAUAGACACGCAGUAAAGGAUUUCCUCUGCAUAGGUAGGACAAGGGAUGAUAUACAAGGGGUACUCUUAGCAGAGUUCUGCAUUGUCUGCUAUUUAAAUUAUUUUCCAAUAAUAUAUUCACUGCUGUAUAACACUACCAGCCCACCCUUAAUUCUUUAUAGAAAUCGUUUUCACAUUCUGGGAUAAAGAUUCAUACCUUUCUGUAAUUAUUGUGUUCUUAAUGUACUUUCUAAUAGCAAUGUAUCUCUAUGACUUGUAAAAAUGUAAUCUCCAAUAAUCAAGAAAUUCCUCAUCAUUUUCAAUAAAAGGUUAUAUUAA